AUGGCUAAGCUGAAGGCGUGUCAGAAGCGCCUUGCUCAAGACUCGAAGAUGAUCAAGGAUAACAAAAGGACUAUAUGGGAUCAAGCCGAAAUGAUCGAACGCCUAAAGACUUCUGGCAAGGUCGACGCGCAGCAUAUCGACUCGGAAAUCAGUCGCACCAACGGGCUACCGAAGGAGCAGGACCAAUCUGCGGGGCAAGAGCGACCCUUUCACCAAAGCUCCUUAGACAGCGACGUGGCUAAGGAGAUCAACGACCACUGGCCAAGGGUCCAGCUCUUUCCAAAGUCUGCCCUCGACUCCCAGGAUGAAGCGGACUGUCAGUCUGGUAGAGAGCGCUCGAAAAGCCCUGCUCUUCGCAGCUCCAGUACCGCUACGAAGCUUGUGGAAGCCUUUGACCAGCGACCAGAGUGGAACGGAUCUGUUUCUUGCCCACAGAGCAGUGAUUGCGACAUCGAAGAGCCGGAGAACAUCGAAGUACCCGCCACUCCGCAUACAGCGUUAAACACCUUUCCGGAUAAAUCGAGGGUGUUGAGUACGAGAUUGAAGAGGCAGUGGAAGAGACCGUGGAGGUUGCCGAGAGGAAGAUCACAGAGCCCAUGUAUAGCGAUCGUUGCUUGCGUGGAGCUGUAUGCAGACGUUAUCGUGACACUGUUUGCAAAUGUGAUGAAGGCUAAGGAGGCAGGGUUCUAG